AUGGCCGAAAGUGAUUUCUCAGAAGAUGCCAAUGUGGUCGUCAUUCCAGUAGACGAUAGUCUCAGUGAUGGCAAGAGAGAAACAUGGCCCCUCAAUGACCCCAAGCACAAAUAUCGUGCUGUUGACGACACCAAAUGGAGAGAAGCUCUCGCCGAGAUGUGGAUCGAAGACACCGGUGCCAAAGAAGAGGGUGUCGCAUACAUACUUGAAAAGCUCCCCGAAGGGUAUCGUAUCUUCGACCGGCCUCGAGGAACAGAUCAUACCACUCGUGAUGCCUUUCUGUAUGGUCAUCCCAGCGGAUCUUAUUUCCAGUCACGAGCAACCUUCAUCGUUCACUUUCGAUGGUUAAUGUCUGAAAGAGUUAGCCACUGCAAAUGCAAACUUUGCAUCAAACCACCAAAGCUUGCAAAACUUGCAAAACUUGCGAAACCUGCGAAACCUGCAAAAAUACAGCCCGUGGCAGCAUACCAAGCAGUCUCCUCUAGACUGUCAACGGGCGGAUUUAAGCUACCACGGAUCCGUCGAACCAGAGCCGAACUCGCGGCAGGACUCAGCCCUGAAGAAGCCAUGGCCCGUCGUGCGGCCCCUCCCAAGGAUGCUGACAGGAACAGCUUCAUUCUUGGGCCUAACGGCGCAGAGGGCCCUGAUUAUUGGAGAGCAUGGAUCAUAGAGUUGAAGAACCAGUCCCCCAUCCCAUGGAAAUCGAGCUGUUUUCUCCAACUCGGUCUAGAUGCCACUUUCACACCUCGCAAGGGUGAGACCGUCCUCUGGACACGGGAAAUGGACGGGACACUGGAAUGGAACCGGGGUACGCGAACUUACCAAGUCCUCGGGUAUGAUGGUACAUGGAAGGGUACACCCCAGUGGCAAGCUGGAAUUAUCACCCAAACCCCUGUCUCUGACGACAAGGUGAUCUACCCGGCAGACAUCCGUGACUUAACUUCCGAGGACGGCCUCGCCAACGUGACCAACACCGGUUUCCGUGUCGAGUGUCUUCCCGACCCAAUCGCCGAUGACAAGAGCUUCUCAAAGCAUGCAAGCUAUGUCCCCUUGAAAUGCAUCAAGCCAAUGAAUUCCUGGGAAAUCUUCCUAGACAAGGUCCCGCGCGAGAAGUGGCACCCGACAGUGGAAUUCGCUCUCACAACCACUAGUUCCUUUAGUUUGCUGCAUCACCAGUGGUUCCGAGGCACCUGGCCAAACGCUCGCGUCCAUUCGAAAGGAGUUUGGGUGGGCCACGAACUGCUCGCUGUUAAAGAUACGAUCCGACUCAAGCCUUUCCGGUUGACAAUCGAAGACCUAGAGGACCACGACAAAGCCAACACGGCCUCCCGCAAAGUCACCGAUGUGAUGACUAUCAAGGACAUAUGGCUUGAAUGGACAGAUUGCAUCGACGACCCAGACAGAGAAGCCUAUGCAAAGAAGGCCACAGUCUGGAUUCAGGGCCAAGUCUACACUCUAGACAAGGACCGUCUGAAUCGCACCAGUCUAUUCGGAUACAACCCCCUGGAGAAACUCACCGACCACGAGGUGGACUCUGCAUUCAACCAAGUGGGUAUGUCGGAAUACGGCGACUGGUACCGCAUGAACGGCGGCAAGACCUGCCAGAUCACCCCUGGCUCAGUUCUAGGUCGUUGCUAUGAGCCCGUGCCAACCAAGCUCCACUUCGGAUCUUUCGACCUAGACUAUGAUCUCCAAAGCGUUCUCAAGGCCCGCCGGUACAGCUCACAGGUGGACAACCGCAUUCCCGACGGCCAUAUCUGGUUCUUUGGGGAUAACCGCGUGGAGACGCUUGGCCUGGCCGAGCUGAACGGAAUCAAAGUCGGACCUGCGGCCGAACUGCACCAGCAACCUCAUAGAUGGGUAUCAAUCCUGAAGAUAAACGAGGGCAUACACAGCCCACGCGAUGUCCUGAUGGCUGAUCUCGGCGAGACUGGCAAGAAGAGAGGACGACCACCUAAGACCUUCGAGGACAUUGGCAAAACCAGUCGUUUGGUUAGUAGCGGGUUAGGCCUGCAGCCCGAUUCCUCUGUUGAGGACGAAGAUGGCGAACUCGAAUCCAACAGCGAAGAAGGGCUCAAUAAGGAAGAGCUGACCAGAUCGAUUCCAUACAAAACCAUCCCGUCAUCUGAAUCGGACGAUGAUAAGAUCGAGUCUGGUUUCGCAGCGGGUAUUCAGGUAGUCAUCGAUGAGGAUAAUGAUGAAGAUUACACUGACGAGUAA